CUCUAUUAAAAAGAAUUCAAACCUCUUCUUUCUCGCGUUAAUUUUGUACAUGAAGAAAUUGUGAUUUAACUUACUUGGCUACAAGUAUUUCUAGGGAGAGUAAAAGAGUGUUAAUAAUAAACAAAACAUUUCUUCACAACUUAGCCGAAUUUCACUCUCACCCAUUCAAAUUCCUCUCUACUCAUCAACAAUGAUACCCCAGAUUUUUCUUUCUCAUGAAUCAUGAUCCUUACUCUUCACUCUUUAAAGUUUUUACUUACACCAAUGAAUCUUUCCUCUUUUUAUUUUUCUUUGCUCUUGUUAAUAAAUUUUGUUUAGAUUUUGUUUAAUUAGCAAUUAAUUUUGGUUUUUCUCAAAUUGAUUGCAAGUAAUUUUAAGUUGCUAAUUAUUAUUACUUGCAAGAGAGGAGAGGAGAGGGGAAAAAAAACAUGCAUCGAUUAGGAGUGAAAAGUAACUUGAGAGAUUCCGGUUCGGAGAUAGCGAAACUAAGGUUUGGAGGUGGUGGUGGUGGUCGUGUGGAGGAAGCACCACCAGCUUGUCCAAAACCUCGCAGGCUGGGUGCUGGUUUGCCAGAUUUUCUAAAACUUCAUAAAUGUACCAAACACAGCCAAGUGAGUACAGAUGGAAGAAGUGAAAUUCUCAAUAUGAUAGCUUCUGCGAACAAGGUUGAGGAAACCAUAGAAUCAGGGUGUACUGGGUGCUCACAGUUGUGUUAUGUUGGAUCACCUCCGAGUAGAUCAGAUAAUCCAUUGGUUCACGACGUCGAGUUCAUUCAUCAGAUGGAACUUCUAUCACCAUUUACACGGUCAAAGUUGUCAGACAGAUUUGGCAUAACGUCCGUUUCUCCGUCUUAGUAUCUUGCUCCUUGUGUAAAAAAAAAAAAAUGGAUACCACGAUAACAUGACUAAACGCCAGCAGUUUCAAUUGAGCCUUUCAUUUUUCUCGUUAAUCCUGUGUAGCAUGUGAAUCUUCGUCGUAGUUAUUAGUAAUAUUGAGAACCGAGUUCCUCACAAAUUUUUUUGGUGCAAUUUUGUAAAUAUUAUGCCCAAAAUGACCCUUUUGUAUAUAUAUACAUUCUGUUGUUUAUGAUAUGUAUUACGGAAUAAUAUGUGUUUUUCUA